UUGGCCGUAGAGGCGCCGUGCUCGGGAGCAUUUGGUCCGGGACCGGAGAAGCGUGCCGUUAUGUCGGCUUGUAACAGUUUGUACUGCUCGUUAAACCGGAUUUAAACGCUGCUGGAGCGUUUGUGUUUUUAACCGUGCUGGUAGAGGAUGUGUUUAGGGUUGCGUGUUGUUGAUAAUAACCCGUAACUGUGAAGUGUAACGCAGUGGAAGAAGACGACUCUGUGGAUCCGUGCAGAAGACUCGGUCUGGAUAGCAUUCUCAAGAUUGCAGCUGCAGGCCAUUUACUGAUGGGUACAUACUGUGAGGCAACACACCAAGAGAGCUGCAAAUCAUUCGGUAGAGACAGGAACUGUGAAAGAAUGAAGACAAGCUAGAUGGUGUUGUGUCCCAAGAACGGCAGAAGGUUUCUUGGAAGUGUACACAUACAACUACUUGAACUAGCAAAUGUGUACCUGGACUAAGCACACAAUCAGAGAAACCUGAAAAGUAACCUUGUGUCAAGGUGUUGUUUUGAAGAUUCAACCAGUAAAGUGAUCAAUAUGAGUGCUGAAGGAUAUCAGUACAGAGCGCUUUAUGACUACAAGAAGGAGAGGGAGGAGGACAUCAAUCUGCAUGUGGGGGAUAUACUGUUGGUGAGCAAAGGAGCUCUGGUGGCUCUUGGGUACAAGGAUGGGCUGGAACAGAGGCCAGAUGAGAUUGGCUGGCUGCCAGGCUUCAAUGAAACCACUCAGGAAAAAGGGGACUUCCCUGGGACAUAUGUCGAGUUUAUCGGAAAGAAGAGGAUAUCUCCCCCCACACCCAAGCCAAGGCCCCUCAGACCCUUACCUGUAGCUCCUGGUGCCUCCAGGGGAGAGACCGACUCGGACUCCGAACAAGGCUUCUGUCUGCUGGACUUGACGGAGCAGUUUUCCCUUCCAGAAACCAGUCCACCCAUGCUGGCCAGACUGCUGGAAGCUAUUGAGAGGAAAGGUCUGGAUAACCCCACUUUAUACCGAACAUUUACUGCUGGUGGUGGACUUGAAGUCAGACAGUAUUUUGAAUGUGAUCCUCCGUCACCAGACCUGGAUCAGGUUGAACUUCCCGUCCUGUGUGAUGGUCUGCGCAGAUACCUGCAGGAUCUUCCCCAGCCCGUCAUCCCCACUGCUAUACAUGCUCAGAUGGUCCACACUGCCAAAGAGGCAGUGAAUCCUGAGGAUAGUGCCCAGCUGCUACGUCGCAUCGCCAGCAACCCUAGCCUGCCUCCCCAGUACUGGCUAACCCUCCACUGUCUUCUAAGGCAUUUCUCUAGAGUGUGCCAAAACAGCUCCAAGAACCUGCUCAGUGCCAGGGCCCUGGGCGAGAUCUUCAGCCCUGUGCUUUUCAGACAACAGGCCACCAGCUGUGAACCCAGCUUGGAUGCUCACAUCAAGAUCAUUGAGGUUCUGGUGACCAGUGAAUGGAGUGAAAGUCAAGCAGCUCCAGCUCUACCUCCAAAGCCACCCAAACCCACACCUGUGACUAACAACGGUAUGAACAACAACAUGGCGCUACAGGACGCCGAAUGGUACUGGGGAGACAUCUCAAGGGAGGAGGUCAAUGAGAAACUGCGGGACACCGCGGACGGUACGUUUCUGGUGCGAGACGCCUCUACAAAAAUGCACGGAGACUACACUUUGACUCUGAGAAAAGGAGGAAACAACAAACUCAUCAAGAUAUUCCAUCGGGAUGGCAAGUACGGCUUCUCAGACCCACUGACCUUCAGCUCAGUUGUUGAGCUCAUCAACCACUAUCGCAACGAGUCACUGGCUCAAUACAACCCCAAGCUAGACGUCAAGCUGCUGUAUCCAGUCUCCAAACACCAGCAGGAUCAGGUAGUGAAAGAAGACAACAUUGAAGCUGUGGGGAGGAAGCUCUGUGAGUACCACCAGCAGUACCAGGAGAAGAACAAAGAGUACGAUCGUCUGUAUGAAGAAUACACCAGAACAUCACAAGAAAUCCAAAUGAAAAGGACGGCUAUCGAGGCUUUUAAUGAAACUAUAAAGAUAUUUGAGGAGCAAUGCCAAACACAAGAGCGGUACAGCAAGGAGUAUAUUGAGAAAUUCAGGAGAGAAGGCAACGACAAGGAAAUCCAGAGGAUUAUGGGCAACUACGACAAGUUGAAGUCCCGGAUUAGUGAAAUCGUAGACAGCAAGCGCCGACUGGAGGAAGAUCUGAAGAAACAGGCGGCAGACUACAGAGAGAUCGACAAGAGGAUGAACAGCAUCAAGCCCGACCUCAUCCAGCUCCGCAAGACCAGAGACCAGUAUCUCAUGUGGUUGACCCAGAAGGGAGUCAGACAGAAGAAACUCAACGAGUGGCUCGGAAUCAAGAACGAGAACACAGAAGAUCAAUAUUCUAUGGUGGACGACGAUGAAGACCUUCCUCAUCACGACGAGCGAGCCUGGAAACUGGGCAACAUCAAUCGACUACAGGCGGAGGCUCUCCUCCAGGGCAAGAGAGACGGAACAUUCCUGGUUCGAGACAGCAGCAAAGCGGGAUGCUACGCCUGCAGCGUUGUUGUGGACGGUGAAGUGAAGCACUGCGUCAUCAACAAGACCCCCUCAGGUUUCGGCUUCGCGGAGCCGUACAACCUGUACGGCUCAUUGAAAGAACUCGUACUUCACUACCAGCACACGUCUUUGGUCCAGCACAAUGACUCUCUGAAUGUGACGCUAGCGUACCCGGUGUAUACCCAGCAGAGACGGUGAGGACCAGGACGUUUCCACACGGACACAAAGAAAAGGCCUCACGGGGAUUUGGAGAUACGUGUCCUCGGACUCCAUGAUUUUAAAAGAAGAGGCUCUGUUUGCCCAACUCAGACUUGAAAUCGGAGGAAAAGACGCAAUAAAGCCUGAAACAUUUCAGUGACUUUGCCCGACCACGAGCCCGAGGCGAGUCUGAAUGUAGAUUUAUUUCUCUUUUGCUUUUUGUGGGAGCACAGAAUCAAGAGGAAACUGCUGAAGUCUCCCGCAGCGGAGGACAUCGGAGGCCUUUUCCUAACGGUGCUUGUUCUUUUUCAAAGCUUUACCAGCCGGGAAUGUCUAAACGCACCAGAUAAACUCUUCAAAUGGAACUGUACUCACCGGCCACAACGUCGUUUUUCCACUUUUUUUCCUUUCACGUCAUCUUUGUGUGUGUCUGUGUGUGUGUGUGUGUGUGUGUGUGUGGCUGUGAGUGUGUGUGUGCGUGUGAGUGUGUGUGUGUAAGAUUGUCCAUGUGACCAAAACUCAUAGAAUCAGGAAGAUGUGUGACGUUGGGGAACGUCUGCAACACAUUAGCCUGUGUUAACUGUUCAGUAGCAGACCAUGGAUCAGCUGAUAAAUGUAGCAAAAUGGCACUUUUUAAACAAAGUUUAAUUCUUUUGAAAAGACUCCUAUAUGGACUUUAAUGAGAAGAGCAGAGAGGACGAGACGUCUGUAUCCUGCCUUCUUCCUGUUGAUCUUUUACUGUGGGCAGGUGAACUAUUUCAUGUACAUAUGUGAAAAUGUGCAAAGUCAUGAAUCAAAGUGCACCAAACCAAAAAGGAUCAGCUCCUGUUUAGUUCUGUUCUGAUCUGCUAUGCAAUUCUUUCUCCAUUAUUUCUUCAGAAUUGUCUUUUAUUCUGUUGCGACCCACAAUAUAAGCUUGUCGUAUUGCUUGAAAAGUAUCUUUUCCUGUUUAAAUAUCCUAGAGGAUAUUUAGUGUCAAAAUGCCGAGAUACAGCUUAUGAUUUUUAAAGGAUAAUAAUAGCAACAUACACUUUAUUAUAAAUGACUUUAACAACUGGUAUAAAGAUGGAAAAGAUGAGUUUUUUUGUUUUGCUUCAAACUAAUGUUCUCAGGCAGAGCCUUUUGAGUACUAUUUCUUACCGAGCAUACAUGCAGUUCUUUGUUGAGACGGACAAAGAGAGCACUCAGAGAACGAGAUGAUGGGAUCGUACAGCCCUUAUCUAACCAUCACCACCAAAACAACAGGUAGAGAUUUAUUUUCUUAUGAAAUCUAUAUGUUCCCACAUGAGAAUAUAUCAAAGCAGACUGGUGUUUUCAACUGAUGGAUAUUGGUAUUAAAAGAUCAAUAUACAUUUCCACUUAGUAUUUUUCUGUAUCAGAAAAUCACUGUGUUUACAUGGGUGGAUCGGCUCAUUUCAGAUAGUCUUUAAUUUCAUAUUUCUAAAAACGUGCCAGUGGAAUCCUUAACAGAAAACAUUCAGCCACAACUCAACCACAUGUUCUGUCCCACAUCUUAAUUCUAGCUUUUAAAAGUCCAAGUGAUCGGUACGUGUGUAAACCCACUGGUAAUAAUUACCUGAAAACGUUUUAAAUGAAGCCACCAGAACUACCAAUGUGUCACCAUUGUUAAGUCCAAUGUGAAAACCAUUCAAAUGACAACAUGUUCGCCAUUGAUAAUAAUGUUCUAUAUUUUGCGAUCAUAGAUCUGCCCGCCAUAAAAACUAUUUAGAUGUGAUAUUUUUAUUCCCACCCUAAAAUGUACUCAUGCUCAGCACAGCUGUCAAGUUAAAAUGUUAAAUAUAUCUUCGUGUAACAAAUUAGUUGUUAAAAAAUAUAUAAAUAAAACCAUUAACCCAAUGUCAUUUUUGAUUAAUGCUUUUCAAAUUUGACUCUUAAAUUCUCUCCAUCUUUGCGGUAAAAGGUACCAAAAACAGACUUACCGACCGCAACCUGUCCACUUGUGUCACUUCCUGUCAAAAGAAAUGUGGACAGUUAUAUUGGACAUGACAUUUGUCACAUUUAAUAAGUUUUAAUUAGUUUUGUGCAUAUUCUUCUCCCCUCAUGGCAGAACUGUUGUACAGCUUGAACAAGCUACUAAAAUGUGUUUUAGAUGUAUUUGACCAUAUUACUCAUCUAAGAGAUUUAAUGUCAUUUAUUUUAGGUUUUAUUGGUUCUUUCAAAGCUGUUGUCAUGGAUACUAUAUCUGUCAUAUGACAUUUAUUUUAUUAGAAUAUUCCCCCCCAACAGCUGCUGACAUGAACUUUUUGUUUGUUAUUGUCAAAAAUAUUUUCUUUUUUUUAAUAGUUCUUGGACAACAUGCACCAUUAUUUUCUUUGCCCCAAUUCUGGGUUGUAUGAUUAUUUUAGGUGUCUUUUUUAUUUGAAGCUCAUCUUUUUGUGGGUGUCCCAGACAUGAUGAUUGGAUUGAGAUUUACCAGUGCUCCCCAAGUUUUGCUUCAAAUCUGUAUUGGGCUUUGUUAAAAAGAAAAUAAAACACUUCUUUUUAAGAAACAA